AUGAAGUUCUUCUUUGUUCUUCUCGCCGCUCUCGGUGCAUCAUCUGUCCCUGCCUCUGGCCGGGCGUGGCCAUCAUCUCACUACACCAACCUUCCUCAUCCCGCCAUACGCACGCCUGCAGUGGCCCGACAGCAUGGUGACUCCCCAUGGGGCGGUGCCGUGCAGGAGGGUCAAGGCUGGACCAUGGUGACCGGCACGGCCACCGUUCCAACCGUGAGCGGCCAAGACCCGAAUGCCGGCGCGGCAGUCUGGGUGGGCAUCGACGGCUACUCCUGCCAGACCUCCAUCCUCCAGACCGGAUUCACGGUCUGGGGCGACGGCCGCAUCGAGACCUGGUACGAGUGGUACCCCGAGCAGAGCUACGACUACCCCGUCGACCUGAGCGUGCAGCCGGGACAUCAGCUCCGCAUGACCGUGUACGCGGACGGCACCAACGGCGGCAACUCGACCAUUGAGAACCUGAGCACCGGGCAGUCUGCCAGCCAGAAUUUUGAAGGCCAGGCCGAGAGUCUCUGUCUCGCAGACGCGGAGUGGAUCGUGGAGGACUUCCUCUCCGGCGGCGGGAGCGUGCCGUUUGCCGACUUUGGACAGGUUCAGUUCACCGAUGCGCAGGCAUCGGGCGGUCAAGGAACUGUGACCCCUGAGGGAGCAAUCAUUGUGGAAGUGACUGUUAAUGGGCAGCCGCAAACGUCUUGUUCUUCCGAUGCCAGUGGCGUUCAGUGCCAGUACGUCUGA